CCAAGUACAAACAUUUCUUGUGGCUUUCACUUUCUCAGCUUCUCUUUCUCGUCACCCAAAGGCUAUACUGGAAAUUAUAGCGCGUUGUACUCAUGGCCUCUGGAUCUACUCAAAACCUUAGCCAAGGCCACAACGAAGCCCUUCAGGCUCUUUUAAAAUCCAUUUCAACAUCGCCAGCAUCAUCGGCCGUCGAGUCUGGCAACCAAUUGUCCGCAGAACAGGCCGGCAAGAUCUCUAGUAGAUUAGAUGAACUGCUGGGAACCGAUGUGGCGGGGCAAGCGCUCGCAGAGGCCAGUCAAGUAAAGCGGAACGAAAAGGGAGAGAUCCUCAAUGAAGAAGGCCUUCCCAUCAUCGAAAUUACCGAACCUGUCGACCUCUCCUCAGAAACUGCAGCAUCUACGCUCUUACCUACACACGACCUACCCCUCAAUCCAACUCCACCACCACCCCUCACUGCAGAGCAAAAAGCUGAAAUGGAACGCAUCCUCGAUAUGCUUGAGGCCGAAGAAUCAGCUGAAGAAGCCCGGGCAUCACUGGAGGCUGAAAAAGCGCGCCAGAGGGAGAUUGAGGCCCGUAAGGAGAAUGCAAAGAAGGAUUUGGAGAGGCUGAAGAAGGCGAAGGAGAUGCAGAGAAAGAUGGGCAAGGCGUUGAUUCGGAACGUCGAGGAAGCGAGGGAGAGGGAGAGGAAAGAAAAGGAGGAUCGGGAGAGGGAGGACGAGAGGGCUGAGAGAGAGAGGAAGGAGGGCAAACCACAGGGGCCGAAGAAGAAGGUGUCGUUCGCGGAAAUGCCGACUGUACAUAUAAAGAGUCCCGACACACCGCAGGGAACGGAAUCUAAUGCGCCGCAGGACGGUUCAAGCGACAUGUGGGGAGACGUUUAUCCUGCUCGGUUGAAGCCUGCGCAUGCAGUGGCCAUCGGGAAGCAGACCAUGAAAUUACAGGUCGUUGAACGUUUCCCGUCCGCUACAGCAUCCUCUUCACGCCCAAGGAGCGUCUCGCCACCGCCACCUUCACGAUCCGUAACCGAAGCCGACUCAGACGACGAAUCAGUGCCUUCCUCACCUGUCCCUGCAGACUCUGAUGAAGGGGAACCCAUUGUCCAAGAUUCCGACCCAGAUCAUGACGCCCCUAUUCAGCCACCAUCAUCAGGUGACGAGGACGACGAUCUUCCUGAAGACGAGGUUCUCGACGACGAGUUCGACUUUGAUUCAGCUCAGCAUCAACGCGAGAUUGCACUCGAAUACUAUAAGAAACGAAGCACGAUAGGUGAAGACACUGCUAGGGCACUAUCUGCACAUACACAUGAGGCAGUCGGACCGAACGGCGAACCUGAUGAUGAAUGGAACCAGCCCGAGGUCCCACUUGAGGCAACUCUCUCGAGCAAACAAACACACUCUUCCUCCCGCUUCAAACGUUCCUACAACACCACUCUGCCCCGUAGUACGCCCUCACAAUCCCUCGGCGCCUCUGUCCUUCCCUCUUCCACCUCGACCUCAUCCACAAGCCUUCCACAAGUAGCCCGUGCCAUCCGUACCGGGAAACUUGACGAGAACGACAAGCUCGUCGCACCCCCAUGGGCUUCAGAUGACGAAGACGUGGAGGAUUUCGGUGACGAAGAGGAGAACGCGAAUGCGAGGCGGUGGUUAGACGCAAUGAGAAGAGGAGAAGUGGAAAAUGUAGGGGCAACGAUGGAGGAGAGGUCGGAUGCGCUUGUGAAAGCAUUGGAGGCCGCGUAUGGGGCGCCGAAGAAGAGCAAAGACAAUGCUGAUGCUGACGGGGAUCGAACGGCUGUGGCUACGCCUAUCGUUGAAGGCACUGUCUCCGCUUCGGUUCCACCCCCGACGACCGUCGUUCCUCCAUCUGUGGAGACGAAACCGAAGACUUCGAAAUUCAAACUUGCGCGGAUGCCACCCCGUACUGCCAGCAGUCUUGCUAGCGCCACAGACUCUGAAGCUGGGACACCGACAAUGACGGAAGGGAGGUCGUCACCCAAGAUGCCUACAGGUCCCAGCAUCAUCGAACGGAAAACUGCGGCUCCUUCAGCUCUGGCCUCGUCGGUUGUGGAAAGGAAUGCGAAGUCUGCGACGGGUUCUACGAUAUCUUCGUCGGUCGUUGAACGAAAUCCCAGCGUUUCGAACUCAAAGACGACAACGCCACCAACACAACCACACUUUUCCGUGGUCGUUGAUUCACCUUCGUUCCAAGCACCAACAGGGUCGACUUCAUCCACCAUGAUCGACUCGCCCUCUUUCUCUGCCCCAGCACCAACACCUUCUACCUCUCAAGCACCCACGUCGAUGUCGAUGGUCAUCGAUUCUCCAUCAUUCAUGCCUCCUAAUGGGUCGCGGCCAUCGAAGCCGCCGGCCGUAAUGCGGUCAACUGUGCGAGAGUCUUCUGGACCAAAAGACACGAAUGCUGGCUCUUCUAACGUGGAUGAUGGCGGUGCGCCGAAGAAGGUAUCGAGGUUCAGGGCCGAGAGAUCAUAGGCUGUCUCGCUGUAUCUGAAUGUAUUUGCUCAACUAUGUAUUUCUGCGCGUCACAAUUCUCUGAAGUAGCAACUGUAGCAUACAUAUCAUUGUCGAUUCUCAAAAGUCCAAAAUUAAAUCCGCUGAACUCUGAUUU